GCUGCGUGGCGAACUGCGCAUGCGCCGCAACGGUCAUUUCGCACGGCCUUCCAAAAUGGCCGCCGAGUGGGUUUCAGAGUCCGCACAAACACGGUUAGGCACGGCUCUAGGCCUCUCCCCGCCGCCCCACGCCUAUUUAAAGCCCCGGAGGCCCUUCCUUUCCCCCGGCAGCCUUUGCGGGACGGAAGGGAGGCCUCUCUUCUCCCUCAGCCGCCAUGGAAGGCUUCCUCGAGGGCUGCAAGGCCGCGCUGCAGGUAUUGGGUGCAGGACUCAGGGGAGCAAGGAAGGGGCCAGGCCUCAGGAAUAUGUCCAGAACAACCAGGAAGUCCACGUGGUGCUGGGCAACGAGGCUUGCGACCUGGACUCCAUGGUGUCCGCCUUAGCCCUGGCCUUCUUCUUGGCAAAGACAUCCUCAGAGUCAAAGGCGGCUUUCAUCCCGGUCCUCAACAUCCCCCGCUCGGACUUCCCGCUGCGCACGGAGAGCACUUUCCUCCUCCGAGAGCAAGGCAUCCCAGAGAAUUUUCUCGUCUUCCGAGACGAGAUUGACUUGGUGGCCCUCCACAAAGAAGGCCUCCUUUCCCUGACGUUGGUGGACCACCAUGUCCUGCCCAGCAGAGAUGCUGCCCUGGAGGAAGCCGUUGUCGAGGUAUUGGACCAUCGUCCCCUGGAACGGGAGCGUGGCCCUCCCUGCAAAGUGACGGCAGAGUUGGUGGGCUCCUGCGCCACGCUUGUGACAGAGAGGAUCCUUCAGGGUCCGGCUCAGGUUUUGGACAGACCAACGGCCACCCUUCUGCAUGCCACGAUAGUCCUUGACUGUGUCAACAUGGCCCCCGAAGCAGGAAAAGUCACCCCCAAGGAUGACCAUUACGCUUCCCUUUUGGAAUCGCGGUUCCCUGACCUCCCUUCGAGGAAUGCCAUAUUUGAGGCUCUGCAAAAGGCAAAGUUUGACGUCUCAGGCCUCACCACGGACCAGAUGCUACGGAAGGACUUAAAGGCACUUUCUGGGAAGCGAGCUUCUAUAGCCAUCAGCGCCAUCUAUGUGAAUUUGCCGGUUUUCCUGGACCGUCCUGGUUUAGAAGAAGAACUGCACAGCUUCUGCCAAGAGAAAGGCUACGACCUGCUGGUGGCCAUGACCAUCUCCUUCAACGAGUCCAAUGAGCCGUUCAGGCAGAUUGCUGUGUAUAGCACUUGUGCGGAUCUCCGAGAAGCAGUGUGCCAAGCAUUGGAGCGCUCCACUGAUCCUUCCCUCCACCUUUCGCCGCUCGAGAGCCGCUAUUCCACCCUCCGCGCCUACCAUCAGGGCACCGUCACCGCCUCGCGCAAGAAGGUCCUCCCCAUCGUGAAGGGCUUCCUAAAAGAUUGGGAAGGAAGCCAUUGCGCCGCCAUGCAGCCCGCGGCCGCCAGCCCAUGCCCCCCGCCCAGAGUGGAAACUAAAGGGGCCGAAGGACGGCGCCCGGAGCCCGACGGCGGAACCGCGAAAGAAUCCUCCAAGCCCCACCGCUUGGGGGACGACCUGGUGGACGACGACACCGUCCUACCCCCGACCCCUAUGAACAGCCUGGUGGACGAGUGCCCCCUCGACCGGGGGCUCCCCAAACUCUCGUCGGAGGCCCUCUUCGAGCGGUUCGACCGCCUCACGGCAACACGCGGCAUCCCGGAGGAAAGCUCCGAAAAGAAGUGACGUCGAAGCCGAAAAUACGGGGAAACCUGAAUCCCGCGGUACCUUUCUUGACACAAUUUCCUGGAUUCGGAGUCGAGAGGCAAGAAUUAGCAAUGGACUCCUUGAGUACGGCAGCCUCUGUUU